CAUCCAUCGGUCUGAACCUGAACCCCACGGCACGGCACACCUCACUCUCGACCGCAGCUCAAUCAUCAACACGCCCUUGCACAUCAAUCCACACGAUCCGCCAAUACCACUCGCUUCAGUUCGCCCUCCAUCUCCGCAUUCGCGCAUCCGACUCGGCGCAUGGUACAUCGACAGCGACGGCCGACAUCACGCGGAGAGUGAACCCCGGGCACAGGCAACAUCAUGGAGCUUCCUCCGCAGCCCAAUCUGCGAGUCACCAUCAUUGCGGCAGAUGGCUUGUACAAGAGAGAUGUCUUUCGCUUCCCGGACCCAUUCGCAGUCGCAACCAUCAGCGGCGAGCAGACGAGGACAACCGGGGUGAUCAAGAAGACGCUGAACCCAUACUGGAAUGAGAGCUUUGAUAUGCGCGUGACCGAGGAGAGUAUACUCGCAGUACAAAUCUUUGACCAGAAGAAGUUCAAGAAAAAGGACCAGGGCUUCCUCGGAGUGGUCAACGUCCGGGUCGGCAGUGUUAUUGACCUCGAUGCUGGUGGUGAUGAAAUGAUUACGAGAGAUCUCAGAAAAUCCAACGAUAACCUCGUCGUCAACGGGAAGCUGAUACUCAACCUGUCCACCAACCUGCGAGCGCCAAUCGCGAACGGAACAUCUACCACAGGACGUCCGGCCGCCCCAUCGACUGCGCCAUCCACGAACGGAGCCGCCUCUGUCUCGACCCCUACGGCUGCCCAAUCCGUUGCAUCACUGCAAGCCGACCGACCUGUGAGCACCAGCGGCUCAGCACAGCCGAACAGAAACAGUACUGUUCCAGCUGCUCCGGCCGGCACCACACCCGCAGCGAACGGCACGAGCGCGCCGGCUAGACGAGGAAAUGAGUCGGGAUUCAGUGCGUUUGAAGAUGCGCAAGGCAGGCUGCCACCCGGUUGGGAGCGCCGUGAGGACAACUUGGGAAGGACGUACUAUGUGGAUCAUAACUCGAGGCAGACGACGUGGAUCCGUCCUACGGCGAACUACAAUGCUGGAGAACAGCGUGCUCAAUUGGAACAGCAGACCAAUGCGGAGCGCACCAGGCAUCAGAACCGUAUGCUGCCGGAGGAUCGCGCUGGAGCAAAUUCGCCUACACUAUCCGACAGGGUGCAGGCCUCACCUCCUGCACAUACUCCUGCCGCAGCACCUGGAGCUGCCGCCGCCGCCGCAGGAUCCACCACGCCCAACAAUGCCAGUGCAGCUCAGAUGGUCGCGACCGGUGCUACUACCGCCGGUACAGGCGAACUUCCGGCUGGCUGGGAGCAGCGUCACACACCAGAAGGACGUGCCUAUUUCGUGGACCACAACACGCGCACGACUACCUGGGUUGAUCCGAGGCGGCAGCAGUACAUAAGAAUGUACGGCCAGAACGCUGCGGGUAACAGCACUAUCCAGCAGCAGCCAGUCUCGCAACUCGGACCUCUUCCCAGCGGAUGGGAGAUGCGUUUGACCAACACUGCGCGAGUGUACUUUGUGGAUCACAACACGAAGACGACGACGUGGGAUGAUCCUAGAUUGCCAUCUUCACUGGAUCAGAACGUGCCGCAGUAUAAGCGUGAUUUCAGGAGGAAGCUCAUCUACUUCCGAUCGCAGCCCGCACUGAGGAUCUUAUCCGGACAAUGCCAUGUCAAGGUCAGGCGUACUCAUAUCUUCGAAGACUCGUAUGCGGAGAUCAUGAGACAGAGUCCAAACGACCUCAAGAAGAGGUUGAUGAUCAAGUUUGAUGGUGAAGACGGUCUCGAUUAUGGUGGCUUGUCGAGAGAAUUCUUCUUCCUCCUUUCCCACGAAAUGUUCAACCCAUUUUACUGCCUGUUCGAAUACUCCGCCCACGACAACUACACCCUCCAAAUCAACCCUCACUCCGGCAUCAACCCCGAGCAUCUCGGCUACUUCAAAUUCAUCGGCCGUGUUGUCGGUCUCGCCAUCUUCCACCGCCGCUUCCUCGACGCCUUCUUCAUCGGCGCCUUCUACAAGAUGAUUCUCCGCAAGAAGGUCAACCUUCUCGACAUGGAGGGUGUCGAUGCUGAAUUCCACCGCACGCUCAGCUGGGCGAUGGAGAAUGACAUUACGGAUGUCAUCUACAGCACUUUCUCCGUCGAGGAUGAACGCUUCGGCGAAAAGGUCACUGUCGAUCUGAAGCCCGGCGGUCGCGAUAUUGAAGUCGACAACGACAACAAGAAGGAGUACGUCGAGCUCAUCACCGAGUGGCGCAUUCAGAAACGUGUUGAAGAGCAAUUCAAUGCUUUCGUGGCGGGUUUCCACGAGUUGAUUCCCGCGGACUUGGUGAAUGUUUUCGAUGAGAGAGAAUUGGAGUUGUUGAUUGGUGGUAUUGCGGACAUCGAUGUCGAUGAUUGGAAGAAGCACACCGACUACCGCGGCUACACCGAGAGCGAUCUCGUGGUGCAGAACUUCUGGAAGUGCAUCCGCGGCUGGGACGCCGAGCAGAAGUCCCGUCUCCUUCAAUUCGCCACAGGAACAUCACGUAUUCCCGUCAACGGCUUCAAGGACCUGCAAGGGUCGGACGGGCCGAGAAGGUUCACGAUUGAAAAGUCGGGCGAGGAAACGCAGUUGCCCAAGUCGCAUACUUGUUUCAAUCGGUUGGAUCUGCCGCCGUAUAAGAGUUAUGAGGCGUUGAAUACGAAAUUGACGUGGGCGGUGGAGGAGACGGUUGGGUUUGGGCAGGAGUAG